AAAACACUGUUAGUCUGCAAAGCGGAAAAGCUGCUGCUAUUUGCAGAAUCUGCCAUCAACAUCUAUCAUGAUUACUGGAAAGAUCACAAGUCUCACUGUGACAGAUGUUCGCUUCCCAACUUCUCUGGGUCACCACGGCUCUGAUGCCAUGCACACAGACCCCGACUACUCUGCAGCUUAUGUUGUGAUAGAAACUGGUGCCGGAGAUGAUUUAAAAGGUCAUGGAUUAACGUUUACUUUGGGGAAAGGCACUGAAAUAGUUGUUUGUGCUGUGAAAGCUCUUUCAAGACAUGUUGUGGGCAGAUUACUUGAUGAUAUUGUGAAUAAUUUUAGAGAUUUCUACAGGCAACUCACAAGCGAUGGACAACUCAGAUGGAUAGGUCCAGAAAAAGGAGCAGUUCACCUGGCCACAGCUGCUGUUCUCAAUGCUGUAUGGGAUUUAUGGGCCAAGAAAGAAAAGAAGCCUUUGUGGAAACUGUUGGUUGAUAUGAAUCCAAAACAGUUGCUGUCAUGCAUAGAUUUCAGAUACAUAACUGAUGCAUUAACUGAGGAAGAAGCAUGUGGAAUUCUUGAAAAUGCAAAACAAGGGCAAAAGGCAAGAGAAGAAUAUGUGUUAAAAAAUGGAUAUCCUGCUUAUACCACAUCAUGCGCCUGGCUAGGAUAUUCAGAUGAGCAACUACAAAAGUUAUGUACAGAUGCACUUAAAGACGGUUGGACAAGAUUCAAAGUAAAAGUUGGGGCUGAUAAAGAAGAUGACAAGCGAAGAUGUAAACUCAUGAGACAGAUGAUUGGGCCUGAAAACCAGCUGAUGCUUGAUGCAAAUCAGAGGUGGGAUGUGCAUGAAGCUAUUGAUUGGGUCUCAACUUUAGCUGAAUUUAAACCUGUAUGGAUUGAGGAGCCUACAUCACCAGAUGAUAUCCUUGGCCAUGCAACUAUUUCAAAGGCAUGUGCGCCUCUUGGGAUUGGUGUUGCUACAGGAGAGCAAUGCCACAACAGGGUUAUGUUUAAACAGUUUCUCCAAGCCAAUGCUCUACAAUAUCUGCAGAUUGACAGUUGUAGAUUGGGAAGUGUAAAUGAAAAUCUGGCUGUUCUACUCAUGGCAAAGAAAUUUAAUGUUCCUGUCUGUCCUCAUGCUGGAGGAGUUGGGCUUUGUGAACUGGUACAACAUCUGAUAAUAUUUGAUUACAUUUCAGUGUCAGGAAGUCUAGAAAACAGGAUGUGUGAAUAUGUAGAUCAUCUGCACGAACACUUUAAAUACCCAGUGACGAUUAGCAGGGCUGCUUACAUACCCCCCAAGGAUCCAGGAUAUUCGACAGAAAUGAAAGAAGGGUCUGUAACACAGUAUCAAUUCCCUGAAGGAGAUGUUUGGCAGCAGCUUAUUUUUGAGAAAAAUAUACAGGUUUAGGAAAAUAAUUUCAGUGAAUUUGUUUUCAUUUGCUUAAAUUAGAUUUUUUUAUCUAAUACCAACAAAUGUUUAAUUAAAUUCAAACCCUGUUAAAUAAACAUAAGUAUGAGGGUUCCACAUUUUAAAA